GCUAAUCUUGCCCAUCACGGCCGCAACUGGCUCUCUUGCAGGCGUUAGGAUUUGGUAAUCGCUGCAGAGCAUCUUCGGCAACCCCCCGAGCAUGCGCUUCAUCGGUGUGGCAUUAUCAUAGCAGCUGGCCGACACUGCACGCUGCACACUGCUAUGGCAGACAGCGACCUGCCCCCAUCCCGCAUCAGUGCCGCGGAUGCUCAGGCGACUCCCGUGGUGCGGCUGCCAGCAUUUCUCAGUUCGGAAGAGAUCGUAGAGAUCGAUGCGUUUCACGCGGCUCAAUCACACGCGUGCGGACGCCUCGCCAAAGCUAGUUGCGCGGUCACGGGAGCCGCGCUCUGGACCACAACAUACCUUUCCACUGAUCGACGAUUCAACGCGCGGUUCCCGGGGCUACUCGCCCGCAUGCUCGCUGCGGCGCGGGCAGCGGACAGAGCGCAUUUCGGAGAUUAUGCGUCGCGAGUGGAUGUCGUACCACGAGUUGUAGAAUACCACACAGUCACGCCCGGUGGCGCGCUAAAACAUGAGCAGCACUACGAUAGCGGUAGCAUAUACACGUUUGACGUCAUGCUCGCGCGGCCCGGCGACGACUUCGACGGAGGCGAGUUCGUGGCCCCCGACGCCGGCGACGAGGAGCCCUUUUUUGUUAAUUCUGGCGACGCGAUUGUGUUUUGUUCACACCGCCACCACAGCGUGCGCCCCGUCACGCGCGGCACGCGGCGCGUCCUCGUCGUCGAGUUCUGGGAGGGCGAGGAGCGCGCCUGUGGCCAUAGAUGCGAACGCGCAAGCGGCCCCUGCCGCGUGCGACCGCUCCGCGCGAUGGUCGAGGAGAGCCUCGGGGAGAUGUCCGAGGACGACCGCGCCGCCGCCGAGCGAUUCCUCCGCGGCAGGACUGUGUUGUCUUAGUA